GAACUUCAUUACUUGUAUGUUCUGACAGAGAGAGUGAAAAUCCUCUACCAGUUUCACUGCAUAUAAAAUAUGAGAACGCAUAUUGAUGAUACUGCAUCUGGGAAGAAUCAACAUCUUCUAAUGCUUAAGCUUUUUGAUUCGUCUCUGAGGCUCUGUGCAGUUCCUCUAUCAGUUGCAACCAUAUGGAUUACUGUGACUAACCAGCAGGACAACAGCAGCUAUGGAAUGUUGAAAUAUAAUAACCUCUCUGGUCUCAAGUAUAUGGUUUUAGUCAGUGCCCUCUGUGCUUCUUAUGCUCUUGUUGCUGCAGCUUGCUCUUGGGUCAGAUACUUUGUAUCCAAAGCUUGGAUUUUCUUUGUAUCUGAUCAGAUUGUAGCAUACUUAACGAUCACAUCAGUUGCUGCAGUAAUGGAGAUAUAUUACCUGGCUUACAAUGGUGCUAAGGAAGAUUCUUGGAGCCAAGCUUGCAGCUCCUAUGGCAGGUUUUGCAGCAAAGUGAAGCUGGUUUUGAUACUCCAUGUGAUCACAUUUUUUUGCUUCUUUUUUUUAGCUGUGAUUUCAGCUUUUAGAGCGUUUAGUGUCUUUGAUCCUCCUUAUGACAACUCUCAAGAGGUGGAGGGAGAUAGAGAUUAAUCAGGAUUGCUCUUUUGGAUUUUGAAGGGGACUUUUGUCUUUGUGAUGGUAAUUCUCAUACUAAGAUUGCAAAUAUAAUAAUAUAUGGCAAAAAAAUAUUCAUUUUGCUUCUUAAAACUCAAUAUGAACCCUUCAAUAAAUUUUGGUAUCCGUUUUGCUUGAA